UGCUCAAUAUUACGCGACCAAAGAACAGCGCCAGAAGACCGGACGCCGCCGGUAUCCAUUAGCUUCUCGCCAGCUACAGUUGCAACAUUCCGUGGGUCAAGUGCCAAAAGACAAACUAACGCGUCGCGCUCAGCACAUUUUGUUUUGGUUUGUUUAGCCAAAAACCAAGGAACGAAAAAAAAGAAAAAAAUAUAGCAAAUCGAACAUGACUCCCUUUCGAACGCACCAACAUUCGUGCGAGCCACUCACACCAUUACCGUCACGCCAAAGCCAAAGAUAGGCAGGAAGGAGAAAAACGACAAACACGACCCACACGAGUCGGAUCGCCGACCGGUGACGAGGAUUGACGCGUGUGAUCACUGGCUGACUGACUGCGGUGGCCCGGUGGUGCCAAUGUGGUGCGUUCCCUUCUCAGUGCCAAUUGUACUGUGGAACCGGUAGGAUCGUGCAGUUAGCGAAUUUCGGUUUGUUUUGUCGGGAAAAACUUGCCGAGUUGCAGCGCAGGAAGAUGUCUGCACCCAGAAGCACAAUGUCGGACAGCAUCCGAGAGUUGUAUCAGUUCGGCGUGGUCGAUUAUUGCAUGUUUGGCGGAAUGCUAAUCCUGUCGGCCGCCUGCGGAAUCUACUUUGGGUUCUUCAAACGUUUCAAAGGCAACCGUACGCCCGAUGUGGAGGAUGAACAGGACCAUUUGCCUGCAGAAAAGCCAACCAAUACGUUCGGAUCAGCUACGAUCGAUGAAUAUCUGUUGGGCUCGCGGAAGUUGAAAGCUUUCCCGGUAGCGAUGAGCCUUUGUGCGGGUUAUAUAUCCGGAGUGACGAUACUGGGAACACCGGCGGAGAUCUACAACUUCGGGACACAGUAUUGGUUGAUCGUGGUACCGAUCUUGCUGAUGGGUGUGGCGGUCUGCAGCGUGUAUCUGCCCGUGUUUUGCUCUCUCAAGCUAAACUCUUCGUACGAAUAUCUGGAGCUGCGAUUUAAUCCGUACGUCCGAUCGAUGGCUUCGGUGAUGUUUGUUAUUAAUCAGAUGCUAUUUCUGCCGAUGGUGAUUUAUGUGCCUGCGUUGGCUUUUAACCAAGUAACUGGCUUCAAUUUGUACGUGAUUGGAGCGAUCGUAUGCGUGGUCUGCAUUUUCUACACGCUUCUGGGAGGCAUCAAGGCGGUCGUUUUCACCGAUGCUUGGCAGGUGGUGGUGAUGUUCAUCUCGGUCGUGGUCGUGGUCAUUAUCGGAACGACUGCUCUCGGUGGCCUGGACGUUAUCUGGGAUCGGUCGGUGAAGGGUGGACGGAUAGAUUUUUUCAACUUCACACCUUCGAUGUAUGAACGACAAACGUUCUGGGCCGUUCUUAUUGGAGGAUUCUUCUACUGGACCUCGUACAAUGCCGUGAACCAAACGAUGGUCCAGCGAUACAUGUCCCUGCCGAACUUGAAGACAGCCAAGAAUUCUAUCUACAUGUUCGUCAUCGGAACGGCGAUCUUCAUCUCGGUUUGCUGCUACACUGGACUGCUGCUGUACGGCGAGUACUUCGACUGUGAUCCGGCCUCGGUAGAGCUGGUGAAAACGAGCGAUCAGCUGUUCCCGCACUACGUGAUGGAGUCGGUCGGACAUCUUAGCGGCAUGCCGGGACUGUUCAUUGCCGGUGUGUUUGGAGCCGCUCUCAGCUCGCUGUCAGUCAUUCUCAACACAACCUCGGGCGUGUUGCUGGAAGACAUACUGAAAGGACUGUUCCGGAUUACUCCAAGCUCGUUUGUGGCUAACAUAGUCGUGCGAGGUAGUGUGGUGGUGCUUGGUCUUGCCGCUAUGGGCUGUUUGUUCAUCGUGGACAAACUGGAUGGAAUUCUGAUCGUAUCGGCAACACUGGCUGCGAUUGGCAACGGAACGACGGGUGGUUUAUUCACCCUGGGCAUGUUGGUCCCGUGGAGCAACACUAAGGGAGCCUUGUUUGGAGGGAUCGCCGGUGCACUUCUGUCCGGUUGGAUCUCACUUGGAAGUCAGUUUGCAAGCGCUGCGGGUGAGGUUGUCCCACACAAGCUACCGGUCUCGGUGGAAGGAUGCAUCGCGGGACUCAUCACCAACACCACGAAUGUGAAUCAAAUAUAUCCCGACGAGAGUGGAGUGUUUCCCUUGUAUCGGUUGUCUUACCACUGGAUCACACCGAUCGGCGUUACGACAGUGUUGAUCGUUGGCUCGAUCGUAUCGUUCAUCACAGGACCCCGGGAUUUAAGUCACAUCGAUCCGGAACUCAUCUCGCCCGUCAUUCACAGGUUUUUACCUCGCGAAUGCUUCAGUUACUACGGCACAGCGAAUAAGAACCCCCAGGCUUUCAGCGAGGAAAUGCAAACUCAAACAAGUGUCCCAGUAGAAGGCAAUGCCACCGAGCAAAAUGGGCGUGUGCGAAAUUGAUCAUGGUAAUGCUACCGGUGCAAGUAAUAAUUGAGUAGUCCUUCAGGGAAGCAAUAGAACAAAAUCCGAGAAUAUCACCGUCCUGUCACAAUAACUACUGAAUGGCCAUAGUUCGUCAUUGCCAGCACAAAACAUUGCAAUGUCUGUGAUACAUAAUAUCUGAUUGUGAGUGUUUCUUCGAAUGGCAUUUUCGAUAUACUGAUAUACGAGAUAUAUGACGAAUGGAACAUUAAGCAUUUCGUUGAACAAUACAAACCACUUUAACUCCCUCUAUA